AUGUUCAGCACCAACUUUGACGACUACUGCGACUUUAACGACAGCAUCUGCAGCAACGAUUCAGGCUUCGAAAAAUCUUACACGGAUUCCUUUGCAGCGUCUAACAAUAACACACCAAUCAAAUUUGAUACCUCAGACCUUGGAAUUUCUCUCACUCCCACCAAAGAUGUUAGAAGAAAACUCUUUAAAGAAGAUAUCGAUAAUAUUCCUGAGCACGGUGAUGACAAGGUAUUUGAAAGUAGUAUACUAGCAAUGAAUACAUCUACGCCCAAAAAAGAAAAGAAACCAAAAGACCCGAAUAAACCGAAGAAAAAAUAUGCAAGCGGUAAAAAUCGAAUUUCGAGAUGCAAGAGUCCAUCGCAGUUGAUGAAAAUACAGAGAAAUAGAAGAAUGAAGGCUAAUGACAGAGAAAGGAAUAGAAUGCACAUGCUAAAUGAAGCUUUAGACAGACUACGCUGUGUAUUGCCAACGUUCCCUGAAGACACUAAGUUGACUAAAAUCGAAACCUUACGAUUUGCUCACAACUACAUAUUUGCACUAAGUCAGACUUUAGAGUCUUUAGAUAAUAUUAAUUCCGGGCAAAUACAACCGCAGGAGUAUCCGAUCAACAACGAAAAGCUACAAAAUUGUUCUCUUUCUGGUGACAAAAUUGCUAAAGAUGCUUUUAGAGAAAUAUUUUCAAUUUCUAAUAAAACGGAAGGUGUUUUAAAUGAUGGUACCUAUCGUAGCUUUCAAGGAUACAGCAGACCUUUUGCUAAUGGUUCUAAUUUUAUGCAGACUUCAGAAGGUGUACUUAUUAACGUGGGGAACGUUACAGUAUCAGUAAACAACAAAGGUGGAAAUUGUAUUACUUCUACGACAGGAACAGGUUUCUUCACGCAUCCGUCUACUUUUUCUGAAGACUUACAUCAACAGAACUAUUACUAUCAAUAUUCUAAAUCAAAUACUUAUAAUGAAAACAGUUAUGAAGAGAAUAAUGGCGCAGAAAGAGAGUAUUUCAAUCAGAAAAACUAUGAAAUAUUCAAAAAUGCUUUCGAUAUAGCAGCGAACAACAAAAAACUUGAAAAGACUGAAGAAUAUAAUUAUGAAAGAUUUAAUAAUUCUUUAUAUGGGUAUAAUGAAGUAAAUUGUAAUGGUAACGCAAAUGAAUAUUUACAUAAUAACUAUUAUUAUAAUGACCAAAGAUGUUACAGAAAUUUUUAUAAUAGGGCUCCUAAUGUUGUGAAUGCACAAAUAUAA